AUGGCCGACAACACGGAAGGCUCCGGCGACGCCCAGAUCACCUUCAAGGUGAAGACGGGCGGCGACAAGACCCACACCAUUACCAUGUCCGAAGGCGCCACCGUCAUCGAGCUCAAGACGACACUGGCAGGCGAGGCAUACGAGAACGUGCCUGCCGAGCGCCAGCGUCUGAUCUACUCGGGUCGCGUCAUGAAGAACGACGACACGCUCGCCACCUACAAGAUCAAGCCCAACAACACCAUCCACAUGGUCAAGUCGGCCGCCUCCAACCCCACGCCCCAGCCUGCCAAUGCCUCCUCCAACGCGGCCCCCGCCGCCGUCCCCAGCAACAUGGGCGCCGGCGUCGGCAGCAACCCCCUCGCCGGCCUCACCGGCGCACGGUACGCCGGUCACGUCAACCUGCCGAGCCGUGAAAUGUUUGGCGCUGACGGAGGCAUGGGCGCCCCCCCUUCCGACGACCAGAUGGCUCAGAUGCUCAACGACCCCAGCAUGAUGCAGACCAUGAAUGCCGCCCUCGAUAACCCUCAGUUCAUCGACUACAUGAUCCAGAGUAACCCCCAGCUGCGCAACCUGCCCAACGCCCGCGAGAUCAUCCAGUCCCCCUUCAUGCGCCAGAUGAUGACCAAUCCGGACAUGCUCCGCAACGUCAUGCGGAUGCAGCGCGGCAUGAUGGGCGGCCAGGGCGCCAGUCCCUUCCCCGCCCCCGGCGCCACCGACAACACACCCGACAACGCCGCUGCGCCUGGCGGCACCCCGGGCAGCAACCCCGCCGGCGGUGCGCCCAACCCCUUCGCCUUCCCUGGUCUCGGCGGCUUCCCUGGAGGCGACAUGAACAGCAUGAUGGCCAUGCUCGGUGCCAUGAACCCAGGGGGUGCUACUGCUGGCGCGCGCGGACCGGGUGGUGCCACGCCCGGUGCCACAGGUGACGCUGCAGGCGGCGCCAACCCUUCGUCGCCAACCCCGCCCCCGGCCAACCCCUUUGCCGCCCUCUUCAACCCGCCGCCCUACCCUCAAGGCCAGACCCCGGGCCAGGAGCAGCCUGGGCAGGGCCAGCCGGCCAACCCGUUUGGCCAGUUCAACCCCGAGUUGAUGCAGCAGAUGAUGCAGAUGUUCGGCGGAGGUGGAGGUGGAGGAGGCUUCGGCAGCCCCGCGGCACCGCCCGACAACCGGCCCCCUGAGGAGAGGUACGCCGAGCAGCUGCGCCAGCUGAACGACAUGGGGUUCUACGACUUUGAUAGGAACGUCGCUGCCCUCCGAAGGAGCGGCGGCAGCGUCCAGGGUGCUGUGGAGCACCUCCUCUCCGGUUGA